AUGACUGGCCGUCUUGGAUAUGAGGGGCGCCCGGAGCGUCAGAACGAAUACUUCAUUCCUGGCGAUGGUAUCAGCCGGGAGGUGAUCCAAGCAGACAUUUGCCGUUACCUUGGAAAUGAUGCGCUCGGUCGUCAGGGUUAUUUCAUUCGCGCCUACCGGAACCUCACCUCUGCGAAAAAAGAAGAAAAUGUCCGACUAACGAAUGGCCGUGUGCUGCAGGAAAUGAUUGCUGACCUCAAGAAAGACUCGGCUCGGUGGGAGGCCGAUGUUAUACGUCGGGCUGACCAGGGCUAUCCCAGAGGUAGCUACCAACAAGAAUUAAACUAUUCCCAGGCACCCAGCAUGCCCACGGCGUCCUACCAAGUAUCUGCCGUUCAUGAAGGACGUCAGCAAGGAGGGCCAUCCCCUCCGCCUGCCUACUCAGCACCUCCUCCGACUCAGCCAUUCGUGGUGGAUCCAUAUGCACAAUCGUACCAGGCGACCCAGAGUCCCCCGUACCCACCUGCAUCAACUUACACCGGCCCAAACCAUUCACCCUAUGGAUCUGCCCCGAACCCCUACCCUAGUGGUCAGAUCCCCUACACUACUUCCAGCCAACCUCCGGUGACUGCGGAGAUGCACCCGUCGUCAUACACGUAUGGUCCUGGCUAUGUUUAUGAGAAUGGAAGGAGCAAUGCCCCCAGGUAUCCCGGGCCUGGCUAUGAAACCGAACAGGACUAUUCUCCAGUUACCACCGGGAUCCCUUACCCUACUACCACAGCCCCGGACCCUCGGAUAGGAAUGGAUCCCAGAUACACUCCUGAGGCAUCAUACCCCCCGGCAGACCGCAAUAGGCCACAACCAGCCAGAGGCGGGGAAGCCCCUCGCCGGACUAGGUAA